GUCGCCAAUGUGUUACAUCGUCGUGUUUCUGUUGUGUCGUCGUCUUAAAUAUCGAUUGGUUAAAAUUGUAAAAAAUCUGAUAAAGAUGUGGAAAGCGCAGGCUGUGGUGGUGCACCUUCUGCUGAUCGCGUGCUUGUGGCGUAUAUACAAUCAGACCGGACCGCUGGAUCACCUGGAACCGCAGAAGACUCUUUCGGAAAUGGGCCUACCCCAACCCGCCGAUCGCCUGGUCAUCUUCCUUGUGGAAGGACUCCGGGCGGACACGCUCUUCUCACACAACUGCAGCCGGGCUUCCUACCUGCGGGAUAUAGUUAUGCGCGAUGGUGUGGUGGGGAUAUCCAAAGCAAGUGUUCCGACUCUGACCACAUCCGCCCAAGUGGCCCUAUUCGCUGGAUUCAAUGGGGUGCCACCGCUACUGCCGACUGAUAAAUUCGACACAAUCUUCAAUCGAACCUUGGGCUCCGACGAGGGAACUGUUCUCAGCUUCACGAACAUCACAGAUCUUCGAGCCCGCCUGAUGAAUAAUGCUUGCCUGACAAUGUUAAAGAAUCGCACUAGAGUCGUGAUAUUCGUAUACAUGGGCGAUGUGGGUGGAGCCAGUCCCCUGGAUCUUGAAUAUCAAAAGAAGCUACACAAUGCCCAGCGGAGCAUCCGAGAUGCCUACGAUUUGAUCGAGGGCAAGUUUAAUGACUGGAAAACUGCUUACCUUCUCACCUCAGCCCACGGUCUUAGCAAUUUCGGCUCCCAUGGCGGCGGAUCGGAUGAAGAGAGGAAUACACCCUUCUUUCUUUGGGGCGUCGGCAUCAAUCGCAUGGCCACAAAUGUUUCCCACAAUUUGGUGGUCAACAAUAGCAGUGGUAGUUUGCCGCUCCACAAGUUGGACCAGAUCCAGUUGGCCCCACUUAUGUCCGCCUUGAUUGGCCUUCCGCCACCGGUCAACAAUCUGGCCAAGCUGCCACUGGAGUACAUAAAGGUAUCCCGGGAAUACGAGAGAAAGGCAAUGCAUCUGAAUGCUCUGCAACUUCUGGCCCAAGCCAAGGCCAUAAUUCGUCGCCACGAGCUUGGAGUUUUCCACAAGUGGCUGCCGAAGUCCAAGGACCUGGAUCUGCAAAGGAUUGCCCACUAUCAGAACCAGAUGAACCACCUCGGGGACAUGGGUUGGCGAGGCAAGGCCAUGGAGACGAGCAUACUGGCGAUUGAAGUGGCUCAAGAGGCCUUGAAGUUUUACUAUGGAUACUACCACAUCCCACUGGUGGUCACCACGGUGCUGGCACUUUUGGGCUGGCAGUUAUACUUGACGGUGAAGAUCUCCCAAAACUCACGGGACUCCAAGGAUCAACGCAGGGGCUAUUUCACAUGGAGCACGAUUGUCCUAGCUUCGCUGGGACUUUUGCUGGGUCAACUGGUAUUCCUGCAAUGGGCUCCAUUUCUUACGGUUAUCUGCCUGGUUGUGCCCUUUGGCAUCUGGUGUAUGACCCUGGCCGAGUGUCCCUUGAAGGAUAACUGGAUAUUUGAACCGCUGGCCCACCUAAGAUGGGUAUUGGCCCCCGCUGCAAUGAUCGUUCUGGCGCUCUACUGCCGUUGUCCCUGUACCCUGACCUAUGCCGUAUGUGUCAUCUUCUACAAUCGACGUGGCUGGGUGCAUCCCUCUGCGAAAUUUCUGGCCUGGUUGGCACUCGUCAUCCUGCUGUGUGGAUUCCUGUGGUCCCAGAAGGGAUUGCAGAUCCUGAUGAACACCAAUUAUCGGGUGACCCUGCAGGCCAUCAGCAUGUUGCUGGUGAUCGUGCGUCCUUUAUUUUGCAACGAAAAUCACAAAUGGAGCGUGUGGAUCAUUAACAUAGGCAUACUGGUUAUUGGAGGCAUUGGAAUCAUGCUUAGGAAGAUGGGCAUGCCGGUUCCCAUAUAUAUCAUGGCUGCCAACUGGACGUACCUCAUCUAUGCCUUUGCAUCGCUGCCUUACAGUGGCACUUCCAGUCCCCGAUCUCGCCUUCAACUGAUUUGCUUCAACUUGCUGACGCUCCAUGCACUCCUAAGUGAUUCAUACACAUCCCUCUUCGCCCAGGGAUUGAUCAUAGAGUAUCAAAUGGGAAUUGAAGUGCACAAGGAGAGCAGGAAAGCAGAGGAGGACGAUGAGGUCAAGGAGCAAAGGCUACUGACUCCCUCAAAGCAUGUACAGAUGUCCUAUCGCUUCGCUGUUUCGAUUCUUCUUUACUUUUAUGUCUCAUUGUUGGGAACUGGACAUUGGAUGUGCAGCUUUACCUAUUCGGCUAACACUGCACGGCUUUUCCUUCCGGAUUCCUGGAGCGGACCGAUGCCACUCCUAGUGCUGAUCCAUUUACUGAUUCCCUCGCUGAUAAUCCUCUCCAGCUUGCAGGCACUGAGCUCCUUUGGUCGACAAGAAAUUCGGUCAAUUUUCACCUGCGUGAUGCUCAUCUGCAAUAUUGUCGUUUCGUUCUAUGUUGUGUUCGUUCCACAUCACGCUAAUUGGCCGACUACACAUCCAUCUGUAAUUAAUGCUCUUUUGGCCCAACUGACGGUUGUCUUGCUUUUGAUCUGCGACACCUAUGUCAACUUUUUCUUCGGAGGACUCAAUAUGAUCAAAAUACCAGCCCCGAAACGAUCGAUCACUGAGGUCCAAUCCCAGAGAUCCAGGAGCAAUAGCCCCACAGUUAACCUGAGUGAGGUCUGAUUGGUGGCUUUAAAAUGGUCAUAAAUUAUCAAAAUGUAAAAAAAUUCUUGGUCUACAUGUUCGGAACUAUAUAGUUUUCACUGAACUUCUAUCAAAUAUAUUUCCUAAGAUUGCA